AUGUUAUUGCAGCUUCUCAUAGCUGGCCUUGCGCUAUUGGUAGUUCUGGAAGCCCUGGAAAGCCCGCGUUGCGUCAAUGGGAAGAGCGGCUGGAUAUGCUACAUAGAUGAACGGCUCGAAGACGUGGACAGUGUCUGCGAAAAUCUGGAGCAUUCGACCUGUCCCUGCAGCACAGGAUUUCGUGAAGAAUUCCAGGCACGCCACUGUUCGGCUGAUGGAUCGGCUUUGCCAUUUUUCCGUACGCACAUGAGUUGCCGGCCAAGGCCGCCUUCCGAGUUUUGUCGCACGGAACAUGUCGGCAGGGAUUGCGGAACCAUCGCGCUGCUCACCGCUUGCAUUUAUGAAGAGCAGGCCCGGAAUUGCGAAGAUAGCGUCCCAUUCACCAUCUACUACCUAGACCAUAUGGCUUUGCAGGUUUCCAAUUCGGCUUCGAUCCAAUGCCGCGAGGAGACCAAGACGGUGCUGAAAAUUCGACUCGACCUGCUACGCAACCAUCCUGACGCUGUGAAUGGCGCAAAGCACUCCGUCUUUUCCUCAAUGUCGUCGGCGUUGUUUGCGCUGAUGAUCUACACUCGCGUUGGC